UGUCGUCGGAAAAAACAAGUCUCAGACAUUGUCGACUGUCAUGUUUUGUACGCUAGAUGCCUUUAGUAGUAUAUACAAUUCCUCCGCCCGUUCCAUCAACCACAAAACCCCCCUCUUGAUCCCGCCGAUCAUAUACUUUAAUAAUAAUAAUUAUUAUUAUUUUUAUUAUGUAUAUCACCUACGUCGUUCCAUAUUAUUACAAUAUUUGGUAUUUACAGUACUGAAUAAUUCUGUAAUUGUUAUUAGUCGAUACUUUAUUAUCAUCUACGUGUGUCGUUUUAUAAUUAAAAAUACACUUAUACAAAAUAAAAAAUAUAAAUUUAUAUUUAAAUGUAAAUUCAUAUGCAAUACAAGUUUUUUUCUUAUAUCGUAGAAAUACUACCAGAAGACCCCUUCGACGCGACCAAAUCGAAUUAAAUUCUCGUCGAUGUCCUCACAUUUCGAAGACAUUUCUUGCGUUGUCGUGUAUUUUUCGUCAGUGUAAUAGCACAAUUGUAUUAUUAUUAUCUAUUUUUUCCGGUUAUACGCUUGAUUUUCAAACCGGUGUAUUUGUCACGAACACCUGUACUUCACACGACAUUCGCUAGUCUUGAUUUUCCGAACUGUUUCCUCAGCCGUUCAUAUCCUCCGAUCGUGGCACACCCGCGAUCCACCUUUACUACAAACGAUGUCGGAUUGCCGAGCACAGCAGCUCACAGAAGUUGGAUCACCGCCGAACAUUUGGGUAAAAAGAUGUGGCGCUACGGUUGUACAUACACCAGACGACCAAUAAGUGUCCAUCUCCUGAUCACUGUUUUUGGUCUAUCGCACUAUCGCCGCUGUUGUAUCCAGUGGCUAUGAGAUGAUUAAAUAAAUAGCCAGUGUGCAAAACAAUAUGAACUCUGUGAUAGAUUAUCCCUGUAAUUGAUGUAUUCUGAUCGUGCUGGUGGACAUGUGUGUUGUUAUUUAUAUACCUGAAUAUCAACAAAAAAAGGAUAGCUACCAAAUAGUCACUAGGUGUUUAGAUGCAUGCAUGUUUCAGACAUAUACAAUGUAUGGAACUAGUUAGAAGAAAUGUAGCAACUAGUAACUGUUACCAUUAUAUUAAAUACCAAUUAUGGACAAUGAUAUAUUGGAUGAGAGAUCAAGAGAAUUUUUAGAAACUGCAGAUCAAUAUAUUACUGAACAUGGUCAUCAACAUGUAUCUGAAGAAAAUAAUAAACAACUUGUUAGUAACCAACAUAAUUUACCAGAAGAAUUCCGUAUCGAUGAGAAUGGAGAAUUAUCUCAUCACACAACUGGAUAUUAUGAUGCAAAUGAUAUAUUAUCUGGUGAUGGAUCUACAGCUCUCACUGAAGAUGACCACCGAUUAGCCAGUGAACUAGCUGCUGAGCUUGCUCAACAAAACAAAUCUCUUGGUGAUGGUAGCCAUCAUGACACCCAUCUUAUGACCAGUUAUCUAUAUAGUGCUGACUUUGAUUUAAACACGAAUAAUAAACAUUCAUCACAAACUUCAAAUCAUAUAAAUAAUCAACAAAUUAUUAGUCCAGAAAAUUUAAUAGAAGUUGAAACUUCAGAGUCUGAUUACCAUGCGGAAAUACAAAAUAAUUUACCACAUAAAAAACGUUUUCGUAAAAGAGAAUCUGCCCCGGCUCCAAUGAGAAGUAUUCAUUCAAAAUGUUACAAAUGUAAACAGUGUGGUGAACAGUUUAAUUCUCAAUCUGCAGUUACUGCACAUAAAACAGUACAUGCUCCUAAAAAAGUUAGUGGUCGAAUGCCAUUCUUAUGUGAGAUCUGUGAUAAACAUUUUACACAUCAAAUAAAGUUUUUUGAACAUCUAAAAUUUCAUUAUGAGCCACAACAAAGUAAAGUAAUUGUAGUCACUACUGACUCUGGUACUUCACCACAUCAUGUAAAUUAUCAAAAUCAUAAUAUUCAAGAAUCAACAGAUAAUAAUGAAAAUCAAUAUAUUGAAGAAACUAUUGAAGACCAACCAGAACUUCAUGAUCUUCCUCCACUUCAAAGUUAUAGAUUAACAGAAGAAGAGAGCAUGGAGGACGAUAAACAUUGCAUAUUUUCAUCUGAUGGAUCUAUAUUAGCUGCACAACUCCAGCAACCAUUUCCUUCAUGUCACAUAUGCGGUAGAAGUUUUCGACGUUUAAAAGCACUAGAAAUGCAUAUGGCUUCUGUACAUCCACAACCGGCAACUGUUGUUACUGUUAAGCAGGACUGUUUAGAAGAAUUUUCUGAUCCAGAAGAUUUAAUGGAAGGCAUUCGCCAUAUGGUACCUGGUGUAGCUGAUACCGAAUCAGAAACUGAUGAAAAGCAGCCAAUACAAGAUCAAAUUUGGGAGUACAAUGGUGAAAGUAUUACAAAUCAUGAAGAUACCAUGAUUAAACCAAAAGAAGAAAAUAAUUGUUUGUUGAAUGGAAAUGGUGAUAAUGGUGAAAAUAGUCGAGCGGAACAUACUUGGGAAGACGAUACAGAUGAAUUGGAACAAAUAAUGAAAAAAAAUAUUUCAAAGAAUCUUGUAUGCACUCAGUGUAAAAGAAAGUUCAAUCAUCGUAAUUCUCUACUAUAUCAUUUAAGAUCACAUUCUGGUAAACGACCACAUAGCUGUAAACUAUGUCCUAAGAGUUUCUUCUCCAGCAGUGCUCUUAAAGUACAUAAUCGGUUGCACACUGGAGAUAAGCCAUUCGAAUGUGAGUGGUGUGGACGAAAUUUUCGACAGUGGGGUGACCUCAAGUAUCAUAUUGCUUCAUUGCACUCUGAAUCUAAACAAUUUCAAUGUGAAUUUUGUGGUAAAGACUUUGCUCGUAAAUACUCAUUGAUUGUCCAUCGUCGAAUACAUACUGGAGAAAAAAACUAUGUAUGUGAAUUUUGUAAAAAAACUUUUCGAGCAUCAUCGUAUUUACAAAAUCAUCGUCGUAUUCACACAGGUGAAAAACCAUAUAAGUGUGAAACUUGUGGUAAAGCAUUCAGAGUACGUUCAGACAUGCGUCGACAUACUGUUGUACAUAGGAAAGAUGUUGUAAAUUCUGUUCAAAUUAAUAGUUAUGCAGGUCAAGUGAGUGGGAUUGUCACAUCUUCAGAAAUGAGUAUUCAUCUAACUAAAUUGGAAGUGAAUAAAGAUAAGCUAACAACGGAAUCUGAUGUAGAUGUUAAAUUCCAUGAAAAUUUUUCCCAUGAUUCAAAUCAAAUAUUAACUGCAGAUGAAGUUAGUACACCUCUCAAUCUCAAUUUACGAGCUCAAGAUAAUGGUGACAAUGAUGAAUCUACUAAUUUUGAACAGUUUAAUGGGCGUCAAGAAAUAAUUGAUCGGGAAACAAAUACUUUAUAUGUUUGGAUUCCAUCCAAUACAGAGCAAUUAUUACAAAGUGAAUGAUUUUGGUAAACUUAGACUUAUGUAAAUUUGGUCAACUUAUCUAAAGAUUUAUAACUUGUAAUAUUUCGCUGGAUUUUCAUAAAAAUGGCUUGCAUAAAGUUAUCAAGAACUAAAAAAAAGAAACAUACUCUGCAAUAAAAAAACCUUAAGAGUUGUUUUGGGCUGUUACUACGUGUGAUAUUAUAAAAUUAUUUUGAUACUUCAUUUAAAUUACGAUAUCGUGUUUGAUUACUUUCUAUUUGAACAUUAAUAUCAAUUAAGAAAACGUUAACAAGGUAAAUUAUUCAAACUGAUUGAACUAUCUGACCCGGAUACCAUUAUAAAAGGAUAAACUUUUGGGUCAAAAAAAUGUAUUAUGAUGUGUAAUAUAAUUAACACAAUUUGUUGAAUAUUUAUUAUAAAUUGAAUUAUUGUACUCUA